CAACCCGCAGAAACCACUGCAACCACCACCGUCUACCACCAUUAUCACCACCGUCCAACACCACGUCAACCACCCAACACCACAUGACCCCCAGCAACACCGCACACCCAACGUCCCCUGCUCUCUCCUCCGCCGCACUCCCCUGCAUCCCUAUUUCCCUCCCCCUUGCUGCAACGCCAACGCCACUCCACCACACCACAACCACCUUACCACCUCCUAAACCCAACCUCCGCCCGGAACCGCCUAGAAACACUCCCCUCACCUUCCCUGCUUCCUCCUCUGUUCGCACCUCCCUCUCUCUUCUUUUGACUGAUGCGACGCCGCACAACCACCACUAUCACCGCUGUCCUCCGCCGCAGCCGUGCGGAAUUGAGCCACCCCAACCCAUCCACCUUUUUCCUCCCUCCUCUCUUCUCCUCCUCUUCGAGCCCUCCUCUAUUCAUGCCUUUCUUUCCCAGAAAACAAAACCAAGUUUCAUUUUGAAAAUUAGGUUUUGUUUCCUUAAACCCAUAAUAGAGUUGGGCCAAAAUCUAACCAUUUGGGCUUUGGCAUUCUCUCUCCUCCUGCUAAUCAUCUCUAAGAUCGACCGUCUUCUUCUUCAUCAACUUCGAUUCCUCCAAUUCCUUCGCCUUUGCGAUUUUCCCUCUUUCAAUUCGUCAGCGAGGCUGAGACGGGCGAGCCUUCGCCAUUGUGUGGUGGAGUGUUGAUAUCGAUAUGGUGUUGUGGCGUGUGUUGAUGGUGGAGGUGGCUUCAGGUGCUUAUCUGUCACUGCCUGCAACAUGAGUAGGUGCUCAACUUAUAUACCAUUGAGUAACGCAUGAACAAACUUGUGCUUCACCUCAUAUGUAUCACAAGUUCUCAGUGAUGCCUUUAUAAUUUUAAAAACCAUUUCACUGAUAUGAUGAUAUCUUCUGUAACAGCUUCUUGUGUAUGGUUCUGGUCAAUUUAUACCAAAUACACUUCAAAUUAUCCAGCCAAACCUCAAAUACUCCAUAGUUGGAAAUACUUGUUAUGGAUAUAGGUUUCUGCACCAACACGUUUUAUCCGACCAAUAAGUUCUAGUUUCAUUGUACAUUUUGGUGAGUAAAUGAAUCAAAAGUUUUGUUUCCAGCUUUUCUUCUUCUGAAAUGUCCAAUGUAGUUCCAGAAAUUCAUGAACUGCCCGAUGUCUGGUGUGUAUAUUUGAUUGUUAAUGCAGAUAGAAGAAUUGUUUCUGCUAGCCUAAGAACCCAUGUGCCUGAAAAUACUAGCCUAUUAGCUCAAUUGGUAGAGCAUUGUGCAAAUUCACAAAGACGUGGGUCCGACUCCCACGUAGGUUUAUCUUUACUUUUUUGUAUGUCUUAUUUACUUUUUGUUUGAAAACCUUUACUUUGACUAAGAGUUUAUAUGCUCUUUUAUUGCUUCGGACCAUUUGAUUCACUUCGAUGUUUACUGAUAUACUUUUGAGUAUUAUUAGUUUACUUUUGAGUUUGUCUUCUUUACUUUUCGGAUAUUUCUGAUAAAUAAUGUAACAAAAGUCGCACUUUUUCUUAAUUCUUUGUUAUAACAUAGUCACCCGGCACUGCUGCCGUAGCCUUAUAGCUGAA